AUGAGGAUUUCACAGCUCUUGUUAAAUAUUUUAUUUGGAUAUUUGUUAGUUUGUAUCUCAUCACUAUUUGCAUCUGACAAUAGUUGGUUCAACUUACCAAGUUUUUUAAAAUUUAAUGAAAUUGGAGCUGGAAAUAUUAAAUUGGAUGAGAAAUUCCACGAAUUAGAAGAUAAUGAUUUAUCAGCUUGGGCAGAAAAUUUCUUGAAAUUAUCAAAUGAAGAAAAAAUGAUUGUUGAGCGUGGGCAUGCUUCAUUAAUUCAAUUUGAAAGAAAGCAAAAUUGUUUUAAGGAUGCUGCCUUAACAUUAAGACAUGGUUGCAGAAAUAUUGAUAUUUCUGAUAAUGAUAAAAUAAAAUACGCAGUACGAUUGACAAUGUGCGAAAUUGCAACAGCAAAUCUCGUUGCCCCAAUGGAAUGUAAUGAUAUUCAAGACGUUGGAACUUGUGUAGAAGCUUUGGCACGAAUUCCUCAACUAUGGACGUCAUAUUCGGGUUAUUUUCGAGAAGUUUUUCACAUGUGUUUCGCAGUACGAUACUCGCUUGAAAGAGAUUUACUCGAAGAACUUCAUAGAAACAUUACACAAAACCAACUAAUAAAUUAUAGUAUUCUGCGCGUUCAGCAAAGUGAUAUGAUUUCUUGGCGGAAAGAAGAAAUGGCAAGAUUAAUUCAACUUGAAAAAUCUCAAUCAAUGAUCUUAAACAGCGUUAACGUGAUUGAGAAAAUUACAUCAUUAGCUUCGGUAAACAUGGUAUCACUUAAAGAUAAUUUGUCUGACUCACAGGAAAUUGUGCAAGGUACAUUGAGUCAGUUGUCUCAACUUAGAGAGGAACUUGAGGUAUAUCGAUCAAAGACUAGUGAAACUUUUGAAGAAAUUAACAGUGCAACAGAUCAACAGUUUAUGUCCCUCAAACAAACAAUGGAAUACGUAGAAAGCAUCGCCAAAAUAAAUAUAAAGAUUUCGGAAAAUUUACAAAAAAUUGACACUGCACUUCACAACAUAUUAAUGGCUCAAGAAAAGGUUUAUAAUAUUAUAGAAGCACAUAAGGACCAACAUCAAGAUUUAGCAAAUCAAUGGCAAAAUUCUUUAUUAGAAGCAAAACAAAAUUUGCAAAUGUUAUUAAAUAUCUCUCAGUCUGAAAUUCAAUUACUUGCAAAGACUGCAAGCGAUGCGCGUGAGAGUCAAGAAAGCAUUAUUAAGAUUUUAAGGCCUUUGGGUGUUUUUGUUGAGUUUAUUAAUUGGAUAUAUGAGAUCACUUUUAUAAAAAGCAGUAUAAAAUAUAUAAUACCAUGGCUGGCUAUUCCAUUUAUUCGAUUUCUCGUAUCAUGGAUGAGAUUUGGUAGAAUUAUGUCAAUUGUUGUUUUUAAUUUCCUUUUGAUACUCCUUUUCAACAUGAACAACACCCAAUUUCUUCAAAACACAAACGUUCAUAUCGGAGUUUUUGCAAUGAUGAAUUUAGCGAUUCUUAUUAUCACAUUCAUUCGAAAUCGGUUGAACGUUGUACGGAGUUCAAUGCCUCAAUUUUCCGCUAAUUUACCAAUACCGGAUUCAAGAUCACCGAACCCAGACGCCAGGUUUUUGUCACUUCCGAGAACAUCAUCUUCAGAUUUUUACCUUGCAGAGUCCGAUUAUGGAGGGCAUAGUUUUAAUAGCUUGAAUGGAAGUUUUUGUAGUAGUGGUAGUAGUGUUAUAUAUGAAUUAAGUCAGGGUUCAAGUGGAAGAUUUCCAAGCAAAAGGACGAGAAGAUCAGGAAGAAAUUAUUUUCCUUAA